UAUAGCUGUUACAGAGAAGUGAUAAAGCGGAGGGGAUCAUUAGCUAAUAAGCUGCAGUGUUACACGUGAGGUAGCUCAACAUUUCUGACCUGAUGCUAUACGAAACUAGACUGCCGCAUAGCAGGCCAGGUACUUGGCUCAGAUCAUCGUGAUGGGAGCACAGGUGGUGGGGAGAGCCUUUGCCCGGGCACUGCGACAGGAAUUCGCUGCUAGCAGGGCAGCGGCAGAGGCCCGGGGAAGUGCAGGCCAGCAGUCGGCCGCAGCCUCCAGCAUCACCGGCAUGACGCUACAGGAAGCCCAGCAGAUCCUCAACAUCUCCAAGCUCUCCCCGGAGGAGAUCCAGAAGAACUAUGAGCACCUGUUUAAAGUGAAUGACAAGGCAGUUGGAGGGUCCUUCUAUCUGCAGUCAAAGGUGGCGCGAGCCAAGGAGCGGCUGGACGAAGAGCUGUCCAUCCAGCAGCAGAACAAGAGGAAAGAGCACAGUUCUCAGCAGCAAGACCAGACCUGAGCCCGGAGAACCCUUCACGGCCCCCUUCCUCCUCCACCAUCCCCUGUAAAUUAAGUCCUCUGUAAUAAAGUCCCUUUUCUGUAUGGA